AAAUUGAAAUAGGUAGGCUAAUAUCUUAUCUUUCUCAAUGUGUGGUCCAAUUAAUAUCAGAUCAGCCCAUCAUAAAAGGCAAAACGACCCCUACAAAAAACAUCACACAUCCAUUCUUAUAGCAUCAAACAUUUUCAUCUUGUGAUUGAUUAAUUAGGUAGUUCUAAAGAUGAGCAAAUUUGAGCUGGUAUGUGUGCCUACCCCAUCCAUCGGUCACCUUGUUCCAUUUUGCAAGUUUGCAGAGAAGUUGGUUGACAGAGAUGAAAGGCUAUAUGUAACAAUUCUCAUUAUAAGACCACCAACACCAUGGGGUUCUACCAUAGAUGCCUUCAUCAAACGAAUCUCCUCUGCUCCCCAGGGCAAUCGAAUUAGAUAUAUCACACUUGCUCAAAUCGAACCGCCAUCUUCAGAAGAACUAGCAAAGUCUGUUGAGAAAUACAUCUCUCUUUUGAUAGCAAGCUAUCGACCCAUUGUUAAAGAUGCAAUUAUCAGCAACAAGUCAUGGCCUGAUACUGAUUCGAACCCGAAAAUUAUUGGACUAGUCAUUGAUAUGUUUUGCACUUCAAUGAUUGAUGUAGCAAAUGAACUUGACAUUCCUUCAUAUCUUUUCUUCACUUCUGGUGCUGCUUUUCUUGGUUUCUUGUUUUACUUGUCUGUUUGGGAUGAACAAUUUGGGAGAGAAUUUAAGCCAUCUGAUGGCGAUUUAAAUAUAGCAGCCUAUGCUCAUCCAGUACCCUCAAAAUUCUUGCCUACUUUUUCAUUUGUCAAGGAAGGUUACGACUCAUUCCACAACCAUGGUGUCAGGUUUAAAGAAACCAAAGGAAUUCUCAUCAACACAGUUGAAAAAUUCGAAAGUCACGCUGUCAAUAGCUUAGCAUCUGAUCCUGAAUUACCUCCAGUUUACACAGUAGGAUUUCUUUUUAACAUUGAGGCACAAAAUGAUAAGGGGAAUUCAAAGUCUGAAGAUGAAGAAAUCAUGAAAUGGCUAGACCAGCAGCCACCUUCCUCUGUUCUUUUUCUGUGCUUUGGAAGCGCGGGUAUUUUUGAGCCACCACAGCUUAUCCAGAUGGCGAUUGGACUUGAACGAAGUGGGGUUAGUUUUUUGUGGUCAAUACGUCCGCUUGUGGAUGCUGAAACUACAAAAUUAGAGGAGAUGUUGCCGGAAGGGUUCUUGGAGAGGACAAAAAAUAGAGGAAUAGUAUGUGGAUGGGCACCCCAAGUCGAAAUCUUGGCUCACAAAGCCACUGGAGCAUUUGUAUCUCAUUGUGGAUGGAAUUCGACCAUAGAGAGUGUAUGGCAUGGAGUACCAAUUGCGACAUGGCCCCUUUAUGCAGAACAACACAUUAACGCGUAUCAAUUGGUGAGAGAUCUUGAGGUGGCAGUGGAACUGACAUUGAAUUACAGGAUGCACGAUAGUGAUCAUAGCGAAAUUGUGAAGGCAGAGGAGAUGGAGAAAGCAAUAAGACACAUAAUGGACAGGGAAAACCCCCUGAGGAAGAGAGUCAAGGACAUGGGAGAGGUUUGCAGGAAUGCAUUGAUGGAAGGUGGAUCUUCUUUCAUUUCUCUAGGACGAUUCAUUGAAACUAUUCUUGAUUCCUAGAUUUUUUACAUUCACUACUCUUUGUAGUAGCAGAGUCUUGUUUCACAUCAGUAUGCUACUGGAUCAAAUAAACGGUAUUAUUAAGGUAUGGGAUUACCUAGUUCAUGAUGCUUAUGAGAUGCAUUCCGAUUUUGAAUUAGGUGAUCAUGUUGAAGAAGCUCCUGCUGAUGAAUCUUGAAUUUU